GCUGUUUAUCUCACAGAUGUGCAUCCCAAACGCCAUCCUAUUCCCAUUACAGUGCACUACUAUAAGGCUCUGGUCAAAAGAAGUGCACUGUACAUUGGAACAGGGUGCCACUUGGGAAACAGACACAGUCUUGCAGGAAUCACAUGUCUGGGACACGGAGGCUUUGAGGAUAGCAAUGGUUCAUCAGCCAUCACACCACAUGAUCAGAGGAAGAGACAGAAGUCUUACCAAGAGACCUGGGCUAGAGAUCUGGAUGGAAAGAGUUGCAGAGAAGACGCCUGGCUUGUUGCUUGAUUAACUGGGGAUAUCCAACAGCUCCUUAAUAAUCUGAAUCUACUGCCUGCCGCCGUGUAGCCCCUGAUUUCUGGCCAGAUAUUUCUGGCGUGCCUGGUAACCUUAGUCCCAGAGAGAUGAAUCUUCGUGGGCCAUCUGCCUACGCGGGGGCCCGUAGGGGCCAGGAUCCGGGCUGGAGAAGAUCAUGGGAACCGUCCCAUUGGGACGGACUCAUGUCUGAAGUGGAGGUGGUGCCCCGACAUACCGGUCUUACGGGAUGUAACCCUCCUCGGCAAAAGAGCGCCAGAGAUGGAGGGAGCCACAGCCAGAAUCUAGACAGGUGUUUGCAGGAGUUGGAGAGAGUGCAGUGUCAGACCUAUUUUAAAGGAGGAAGCCCAGUUAGCAGUCCUGGCCAAGUGUCCAAGGUAGAGCUUGUGCCUCCAUCUCCCCCUCAACUUACCCCUGCUCGUACCCCUCGGCCGCACAGCGCCAUCGAGGGAAGACGUCAGAUGAACGAGUGGCUGUAUGAGUUGGAGAAGAUGCAGAGUGGGGACUAUUUUGAAGGAAGCCCCACUGACAGCCCAGAGGUUGAGCCCCAUCCGAAGGUUCAUUUGGGUCGUACCCCUCGCCCGCAAAGCGCCAUCGAGGGAGGUAGCCAGAAUCUCGACAAGUGGUUACAGGAGCUGGAGAGGAUGGAGAACGGGAGAUAUUUCGGAAACCCUGACCGAGCGCAGAGAGAUCAAGUGCAGGCCCCUUUCUACGAAGGGACAGCGUCGAUGCCAACCCUUCACAAGGAACCCGUUGGCUCUGGCCUGCGUCACCACUACCACCACCCCUUGUCCCCAUCUCUCUACAGCCGGGACAGGGACCUCUCCCCCUGUGGGACUCCCAGCCAGUGUGACAGUUCCCUGGGCAGCCAGGAGUCCCUCAGGCCAGGAUUGUCCUCCGUCCCGGACCACAACGGUAGCUGGGAAAGGGCUAUAAUCAAGCAGGCUCCAGGGAAGGAGGAGGCUAAACUCAGCUCUCUGACUCCGGUGAGAGUGGGCUGGCUGCCCAUCCAGAGAAGGGCCCUGUUGAGGGAUGCUCCAGGCCCUGGACCCAGACAUCCACACCUUCAGGUCAAUGUAGCCAGACAGGUGAGACUUAAACCGGCCAUUACCCCUACCUUCCGGAAGAAUCCUGCCGAGGGAAACGUGAUCAAAGCUGUAGUAGAGGGAGAGGUGGAGAAAGUGGAGUGGAGUCAACCCAGCAUUAACACUGUGGAGCUCAGAACGAGGUGGCUUCCUGACCAGGCUCCUUCUCCCAGUACUCAACACCAGGUAACUGACCAGACUCCUUCCCCCAUCCGAAGGUUGAUCACAGCCUUGACUCCUGUCUGUGAGGCUCUGACUGUUCCAUUCUGCUAG